AACUCCAAUCAAAGCAUCUCCAAAACUCAAAAACGACCCUUCGAGAAAAAUAACAGAGCUCCAUUUUCUCUCUCCCCAAACACAUGAGAGAAGAAAGUACUAGUAUUAUCAGUGCUCUUACGACUCUUAAUACUAUUUCAAGAAGAAAUGGAGAACCAAGAUUUCUCGCCGCCACACGUGGACGCAUCACGGCCGUCCCUGGGGUUCCCGCUCGGCACCGCCUUACUCUUGAUCAUCAUCUUCAGCUUAAGCGGUAUCUUCUCUUGUUGCUACCACUGGGACAAGCUCAGAUCCCUCCGUAGAUCUUUCUCUUCCGACGGCUCUGAUCCUCAUGCCGCCGAUCUCGAACACGGCCCUACCAAACCCAACGCUUCUAAUCCGGAUUUGAAGGAAAACCAAUGGCAUAGCUUGCCAGUUUUGAUGCCGGGAGAUACGGUGCCGAAGUUUAUUGCAAUGCCCUGUCCUUGUGAGCCAAUACGACAUGAAAAGAUUGCCGUUGAUUUGCCCAAACCUCCGAAGCCACCACGCUUUCCGGUGCCUCUCUAUUAGCGCUACUACCCUCUUUUGGUGUACAGUAUAGUGUUACAAAAUAUAUAAUAUUAAUAUAUAUUUGUGUUAAAUUUAAUUUAAUUUUACUUCGGAUAUGAGAGAAAAAAAAAUGAAAGUAAAAAUGCAUGUGUUUUGUAAAUGAUAAUUAUGAUUACCAAUUUUUUCUUUGGUUUGAAGUUAUCAUUUAUUUUUAUUUUAAAUCUUAUUGUUUUAAUUAUAUUUCAUCUUAUCUCCUGAUGGACAGCUCAGUUUUUA